AUGAAUGAGACGCGUACGCGCUUGUGAUCAAUCGGUCACUGAUCGUCACGGAUCAGAUAACUUUUGUCUUUCCUCAAUUCAAGAGGGCCCACGAAGAGUUUUCACUUUCUCGUCAAGGAUGGGCCGUAACAAUAAACGCGGCCGUGGCAAGACCAGGGACGAUGUGUACCGUUCAGAUCUCAUUGACAAGACAACUAUGAACAACCACCGAUUCGAGACGUAUUAUCAAACACAGAAUAUCAUACCGGGGGAUGAAUGGGAUGCGUUUAUGGAAUCGCUGCGGUUGCCGCUACCUACAACGUUCCGAGUCGCGGGCAGUCGAGAGCGCGUUCUCCUUAUAUUUCCUUGUUCUAUGGACUAACCAAAAACAGAAAUGCGCAGUCGUUGAAUAAAAUCUUGAGCGAUAUUCAUGUGCCGAGUCUGAGCGGAGUGGUCUUCGAAGAUCAACAUGUAGUUCCGCCUGUGCAGAUUCCUUGGUACCCGGAUGGGCUCGCAUGGCAGUUCAAUGUUUCUAAGAAGGUCCUCCGAAAAUCACCUGAAUUUAAAGGCUUCCAUUCCUUCCUGGUGUUUGAGACUGAAGUCGGAAACAUCUCUCGCCAAGAAGCCGUGAGCAUGCUUCCUCCCCUCUUCUUGGAGGUCCAGCCGCAUCAUAAGGUCAUUGAUAUGUGCGCUGCUCCGGGAUCCAAGACUGCGCAAUUGCUCGAAGCAUUGCACGCACAAGACACGAUGACCUCGAGUUCGAUUCCCACGGGACUGGUCUUGGCCAACGAUAGCGACCACAAACGAACGCACCUACUCAUCCACCAGUCGUCUAGAUUGCCCAGCCCAGCCCUCAUGGUGACCAACCUCGACGCCUCGAUCUUUCCAAGUAUCAAAGUGCCUUCUGCAACACAGAAGGAAAAGAUGGAGACAUUAUCGUUCGACCGCAUACUUUGUGAUGUGCCAUGUAGUGGAGACGGAACUUUGCGUAAGAAUUUGGGGAUCUGGAAGACAUGGCAACCUAUGGACGGAAACGGUUUGCAUGGACUGCAGCUUCGUAUUAUUCUGCGGGCCAUGAAGAUGCUUGCCCCCAAUGGCCGGAUCGUGUACUCGACGUGUUCUCUGAACCCAGUCGAGAAUGAGGCAGUAAUCGCUUGUGCGUUAAAGAGCAAUCCAGAUUUCGAACUGGUCGAUGUAUCUGCCAAACUCCCCGAGUUGCAGCGUCGGCCGGGCAUGACAUCUUGGCGUCCAACUGACAAAUCACUCAACACGACGUACGAGACGUACGAGACCUACCAAAACACUUGCAAAGACCCUGAUGCAGUCAAAUCCAAAUUUACGCGCGGCCACUGGCCACCUCCAGAUGUCGAUUCGUUGAAUUUGCAUCGAUGUAUUCGAGUAUAUCCCCAUCUUCAGGACACUGGCGGUUUCUUUGUUGCCGUUCUGGAGCGACGGGCCAGAGCUGCAAUGGAGGAGCCAACCAAACAAGUCAAACGGGAGGCGAGCGAGCCUGUGGAAACACCCGAGAUCAAGAGACCGAGACUGGACGACGCCAAAGUUGAGGACUAUGCCGAAGAUGUCACAGCUGAGGACAGUAUCAAGAUAGAAACGGAGGAACAAGUGAAAUCUGCCCCCGUUGAACUCAAGAAAAAGGACAAGGGUGAUGGAGGCGCCGGCACUUUCAAGGAGAACCCGUACACCUUCCUGGAACCCGAUGACCCCACUGUUGUUAGCUGUAUCGACCGUCUGCAUUUAACCCCUAGCUUUCCAGCGAACAAUGUCCUCGUCCGCAAUCCAGAGGGCGAGGCUGCUCGAGCAUUGUACAUCACGAACUCUCUUGUCAAAACCAUCAUCCAACUCAACGACUACAAACGCAUGCGUCUGACCUUUGCUGGAACCAAAGUGUUCACCAAGCAAGAGGCUGGGCGGGGCGCAGAGGCCCAGUUCCGUAUCCUGGGCGAGGGUCUUCCCCUGGUCCUUCCGUUUCUGGAUCCAGCAACCGUUCUGGAGGGCGACACCGAAGUGCUGAGGAUUUUGGUCGAAGGACACUAUCCACUUGUUGAUGUGUUCCCUGAUCCUUUUAGGUCCCAAAUGCGAGAGACUGAAAUGGGAAGUCAGAUCAUCCGCUUCCCGAGAGACAAUCUCAAUGGUGUUUCUUUCGCGCAUGAUCUUGUCCUGCCAACAUGGAAAUCGAAUGUUUCACUGACCCUGAUGAUUGACAAAAAAGCAAAAAGUGCUCUGAGUAUGCGAGUUUUUGGCCUAGACAUAUCUACACCGCCCAAAGAAAGAGCUGCUGUCGACACUGCCGUCAACUCGGAAGACCCUGCCGUUCUGAGCGGCGCCGUGGUCGUUGAUGCCGUGCAGGACUCCAGCAUGAUGGAUUCAUGAGAAUGGUCAUCAUCUGCGUAUAUAUCUGACUAGGUACUAAAUAUCACUGCGCCAUGAAAAUGUUCAUGAUGGGUGCUUUUGCAUGUACAUGUUGGGGGACAAUUACAUAACCAUCUUCACUCAUUCCCCCCCUCCCACAAUGGUUUCGCCACCCAAGCCUUGGGAGCGCAACGGUGCAGCACCGUCGGUGGCCCCAUCGGUCGCUCCCUCGGUUUCCUCUGUCGCGUCAUCUGAUCCCGCCACCUCUCCUUCCCCUACACUGCCUCAGAUUCCCGAGCGACCGGCUUCUUUCGUCGGUGCAACAGGGCCUUCAACUGCAGCUAGUCCUUAUGGCAUGGCCGGCGCAUAUGGCACAUCUCCAUACUCGAGAUUUGGAUCGUACGGUGGUAUGGGGUCGUACGGCGGGUACGGUGGUCUAGGAUACAGCGGUGGGGGGUUCGGUAUGAGCCCUUAUUCGUCGAUGGGUAUGGGCAUGUCACCGUACGGCGGUGGAUAUGGUGGCAUGGGCAUGGGCAUGGGCAUGGGCACCUAUGGCAUGAACGGGAUGCAAGCCUUGGAUGCGAACGGGAUGCCUAUUCCCUCAUUGACGCAGACGCUUGAGGCGACAACCCAGCAUACUUUCACGUUGUUGCACUCGAUCGUGCAGACAUUCUCGGGAGUAGCGCAGAUGCUCGAAAGCACUUUCAUGGCCACCCACUCUAGCUUUUUCGCUAUGGUUGGAGUGGUGGAUCAAUUCGGGCGCCUGCGAGAUGCGCUGGGAAGCGUAUUGGGGCUCUUCGGUCUCAUGCGCUGGAUGCGAAAUGUCAUUACGGGACAACAAGGUGCUGGGCCUGGCAUGCAGGGUGAAUUUCGGGAUUUCGUCAAUGGACGACCUGUACAAGGACCCCUACCGCAGUCCAACGCAGCCAAAGCCAGCCGAAAGCCGCUCGUGUUUUUCCUCCUUGCCAUAUUCGGCAUUCCUUACGCCAUGUCCAAGCUGGUGCACAUUCUCAACGAACGUGCCCGGGAGUCGAGUGCCAUCCUCCCUGGCCAAUCGAUGCCACCACUCGACCCGGCCUCUCUGACGUUCGCCCGAGCCCGGUUCCCAUUCACUCCAUCUACUGCAGCGGAAUUGACCCUGAAAGAGAAUGAGAUUGUCGCGGUUGUGGGUAAGCUGGAUCCACGAACUGGUAUUGAGGUUGACCCUCGUGUGCAAAUUGACGAUGACGCUGUUCAAUGGUGGAAAGGUCGAACCAGGGACGGUCGUGAAGGCUGGGUGCCGAAAAAAUGGCUUCAAGUUCUUGAGCGCAAGGAGAAACAGGUGGAUUAGUAGUGUUUUGUCUGGUGUGCAUAGUGUAUAGUUACUUUGUAUUAAUCACUCUUUCCUCUGCAGCUGAAAAGAAACGGCUGUGUUUUUAUGCAAAGCACUGUGCCUGCAGACAUUCAUUAUUGCAGUUUGCAUAUGAGUUGGCACAGCCUGUGAUCGCAUCGUUUCUCGCACUUUCGAGCUCGAACCUUGUGUAAAUCGUAGCACCCGCAUUUCUUCAUGUACGAG